AUGUGUCGUAACCAAACACCACGUCACUGGUGCUGUCAUACCCCCGGCCGAAUUGGCGGCAUUGACCCAAACGAUCGAAUCGUUCCCGAUACCCCAACUCCAGCACCAGAUUGCAAUGGAAAUGGUCCAUCCUGUCCCUCCUACCGCGAACGCAAGCGCAAAUAUUUCCAGCAAAAACAAUUAUGUCCAGAUUGCACCAGCAAAAUCAAUCAAUUCCCUCGAGUAAAAAAUGAACUCAAAACCUGGAGCAGAAAAAUCUUCUACCACAAAGUAACCAGCGAGGCUGUGGAUUUCUUGAAUGAUAAAAGCAGGGAUAAUGGCGAACAGAUAUUGACGGAUAGUGAAAAGCUUCAAGUCCGGGAUAGUGUCGAGAGGCAUUUUGAUAUUGCGAUUCAGGAGUCAUAUUAUGCGGAGCUGUUUGCUUUCCAGUUUGAAUACUUUAGGAACGAUGGACUUCUUGGGGAUGUCAAGCGGAGAGUUUUAUCAGAGACGGAAAAUCGAAUUGCGAGGAAGGUCAAUUAG